AUGCCGGAGAGCCUAAAAACAGAUAAUGGUCCCCAAUUCAGAAGCGAUGAAUUCAGAAAUUUCUGUGAUCAAUAUGGUAUCAAACUUCGUAAUAGUACACCAUAUUGGCCUCAAGCGAACGGUGAAGUGGAGCGAGUGAAUGGAAUGUUGAAAAAGCAUCUAAAGAUAAGCCAGGUGAAGGAUACAGACUGGAAGUGGGAUCUCCGAAUGUGCGUACUGACGUAUAAUUCAACACCUCACUCAACCACCGGGGUGGCACCAUCCGUAUUGAUGUUUGGUCGGGUUAUGAAGGAUAAAUUACCAUCUAUUUCAGUCGACUCCGGCGAAAUUUUGGAAGAAGUGAAGGACAGAGAUAGAGAACAGAAACAGAAAAACGAAGAAUACGCAAAUGCUAGACGACAUGCAAGGAAUAGUAAUCUUCAAUCUGGUGAUAUAGUUGUUGUAAAGAGACCAAUGAAAGAACACAAGCUCGCAUCCAACUUCAGCCCAGAGGAGUGGGAAAUUAUUGAUAAGAACGGAUCCGACGUAACGCUGCGUUUCAAGAUAUCAGAUCGAGUAAUUCAUAGAAAUACAGCUCAUUUAAAACGGCUUCAUUCACGAGACGAUGAGGAUGUCCAGAUAUCUUCAGAAGACGAUGGUGCCGAGGGUGUCUUUUCGAAGUGA